GAUUGAUCAAACCUCGUGAACAAUUUUCUACCUCUUUGCAGUGAAGUAUCGGGAGGAUUUCGGGAGUGCAAUUGGUGUCUGGUUUCUUGUCGUUCAAAUGGACGAAGCUGUCAAUGUUCCUCUCCCUCCAAGGACAGCGAGUCCUGAGGCCAACAAGUCGCUCCUUCAAUACGCAACUUCUCUACAUUCUUUUGUUGAUGAUGAUGAAUCUCUGAACUUGAUGAAUUGGGCGCCUGAAGCCGAGCCACAACAGCGCCAAUCGCGACAACAACUUCGCCAGCGGUCUAAUAGUUACGAUGACAUCUACGACCGCAGUAAUGCGCCGUCUCGGGGAAGGAAAAUGUAUCAAAGGAUUUGCAAAGGAUUAACUGUGACAGGUGCUAGUCAUGAGAAGCUUAUUCUCCAAGAUUUCCCGCCUCCUGUUGGAUCUCCGCGUGUCCCUAGUCGCACCGGCGCUGUCGACCUAGGACGAACGAGUCGCGUAGAGCCUAUCAAUAAAAUUCUAACCAACAAACUCUCUAGUUUCGAGUUAGGGCAAGCGCCCGUCCAGGAAUUGCGCCGAAAAUUCGCAGGAUCUGAGCUACCGCUACUGCAGCAAACAAACCCUAACGGUGACACAUCCUUCGAUCCUAAGAAGAGCACAUAUGACCUCAUUGCGCCUCAUUGA